AUGAAGCUCGCUACGGGACUUUUAGCCACUUUGGGCGGCGUGGAAGCCCUCCGAGACCAGGAAUUCUUCGGCGGAUUUGUCAAAGAGUCCGACCUUCCCACCAACGAGACUGAGCAGGCUCAAUUAGCUCUUGAUGCAGCAAUUGAGGCAGGAGAAGAUAUAACCGGCCUCCAAGGUCGAAUCGGCGGUGAUGGUAGAAAUGCCGGACCCGUUGUUUUCAAAAACUGCGGUGUCACUAACCGACCAAGCGGUUUCCUUUCCUCUGACCAUCCCUACAAGCCGGAUACUGCCUGUCGAUGGCGAAUCGUUGGACCCAGAAACGCUCGAAUGUUCGUCAAGAUCUUAAAGAUGGACAUUGAGGAGGAGCGACCUUCCGAUUCCGCAACCUGCGGUCACCCAGGCAACCCCAGCCAUCGACCCUGCCGACCAGGAGAAAACGAGCACUGCGAGUGGGAUCAUCUCCGAUUCAUCAUCGGCGGCCGACCAACCAGAAAAAUGUGCAUGUACGUCAACAAGUUCAAGAAGUUCGCCAUCCAGGCCAAUGUUCCCAACAGCCCAGAUUACUCCUACUUCUUCGACAAAUUCAGCUACGUCAGCAACCCCUGGUUCAACAACCCAAUCAAGCAGGGUUGGUUCAAGGGAAAAGUUCUCGACUCUAACAACUUGAUUGUCGAAUUCAAGUCUGAUGCCGGAGCAAACUUCUACGGAUUCGAUAUGGUUUGGCGAAUGAUGAAGCCAGCUACGACUACAACCCCUAGGCCUGUUACCACUACCACUACCACCGAGGAAGCAAGCACCGCUGCUGCCACUACACAGAAAGAAGCUACUGAAGCUGCUACAGAAGCCGCUAAAGAAGCCGCUACCGAAGCCGCUACCGAAGCCGCUACCGAAGCCGCUACCGAAGACGCUACCGAAGCCGCUACCGAAGCCGCUACCGAAGCCGCUACAGAACCCCCAACUGAACCACCAACCACUACUACCACAACAACCACCACCACCACCACCACCGAUGCUGAUCAAUGCGCUCUUGGCACUCACGAUUGCAGCGCCAAUGCUGACUGCAUCGACUUGGAAGACGGUUUCUCAUGCGUUUGUCACGCUGGUUUUGGAGGUUCUGGACAGAAAUGUUUCGAUGUCAACGAAUGUCAAAACGGCCAGAACGUUGGUGGAUUCGAAUGCAACUGCCGACGAGGUUUCUUCGGUGACGGAUUCUCUUGCUCUUCCGAUGCUUCUACCGCCCCAACAUCUCUCGAUGAUGGCAAAUCUGCCGGCAAGAUCAAGACAAAGAAGGCCAACGUUGGUAUGCACAAGGCUAACAUGGUCGAUGUCCAGGGUGCUAUGCUUACCGCCAUCUCCCGAGUCACUGAUGGUCGACGAGGAAAGAUGACUUUCGUCAAGCGAGUCCGAGGAAUGGCCCAGAAGGCUCUUGCCCGAAGACGAAGAAAGUGCCCACUCCGAGACAACCACGCUGCCUCUGCUCUCUCUGCUUUCGAGUCCGCCAGCCAGAUCAGCGAUGUCAAGGACGCCAUCGUCGCCACCCUUGCCAACCGAACCAACGACACCCCACCCUGCCGCAACAUCGAAAAACUCGUUGGCGCCAAGGUCAACAAGGUCUUCAAGCGACUCACCCGACACACACGAGCCUAA